GCCCUUUUCCCCACCCCAUAAUAACUACCAGGCAUUAAUGCUCCAAUACAACAGGCGGCGCUGCUGCCCUGCAACGGUGAACGACUGAAGUGCUUUUCACUCCAGAGGAAGAGGACAGGACAGCAGGAAAGAUGGGGACACGCUUGAAGGUGCUUCGAACAUUUAAAGCUCUCCAUCGAACACGGAUGACUGUGUUUAAAGAUGAUGACCGGGCUUUGACAGCUGCCAGAUUAAAGAUAAAUGAAGAGUUUAAGAAAAACAAAAAUGAAACAUCAGAAGAAAAUAUACAACAGAUGAUUAAGAUGAGCAGAGCUGUUGAGACAAUCCUGCGGGAAAACAUCCUACAAGCGGAGCAUGUUGGAGAAAAUAAGCUUGUUCUGCGACCCCGGGAGAGCCUUCUUUUAGAAAACGUACCUUACAGUGACACACCUAGAAAAAAAACAUAACUCGCAUGGAUUUAUAGAUCCCUUCUUUUUUGCCAGACUAAUAAUUUUUCUCCAUAAAUCAUCUAAUAACAUGCCUAAUAAUAUACCUCUUGGGACACAGAGGACAACUUCCAUGGAUCCUGAAGGACCAGCAUCUGUAGUUUAAAAAAGUAUUAAAAUUAUAAAGUUGUGGUAAUAUUAUAAAUAAACCAGAAUUUCAGUACUAAAUAAUUGUCUGAAAUUGCUCUCAAACAAUUGCUUUGAAUUGUGCUCUGUUGUUCAGGCCUCUAUAUGUGAAUUAGUUUUAAUCUAAAGUAAAAUGUUACCUACUUUGCCUUUUCAAAUGGUUUUUAAAUGUAUGAAAACAUUUACAGAACGGAAUAUAUCAUAGAAUGAGUAUUUCCUUACCAUUGAAUAUGCAACCCAUUUCUGUGAAAGACUGCAUAAGCAUCCCUUUUCAACUUAAGGCUUGUGUGUGUAACGUGGACAUUUGAGUUUCUAUGAUGUUUGAUAGACCGAAGAUGAAUUGUGUCAUUAUUUAGCGAUAUGAGUUUAUAUACAGAGAUUUAUCUAAUAUCACACCAAAUGAUCAUUUUAUUAUUGUGCAUAAAUAAAAUCCGUUAGCAAAAAUCUGAGAAAAAACGUAUUUUGUAUUUGGAGUACAAUUUUUAUUUAACAGAAUGUGUGAAAAUAUAGUGACGGUGUGCUUCCCAGACUGGCUGCUUAGUGUAUAUUUGUAAAUAUUUUUGUUUUCUGUUCUUGUAAUAAAUGUUAUAUUAAGUGUUUGUGAAAUUUA